UUGCUGUUUUUUCAGUUUCUGUGAAACACUAUUUUUGCUUGAACUAUUUUAAAAGAGAACAAAGUGUGGAUAAUGCAACCAGCAGUUCUAGGUCUACAAGUUUUAUUUCUGUCUUGAAAGAGGCAUUGGUAACACAUUUUAUCUUCAGCUCAUUUAGAAACAACGCAAGAAUCACAAUGCGAAGACUUCUUCUCACUUACAUAUUUGGAAAUAUCAGACUGGUCAGUGGUAGUAAUGGCUUCUCUGGGAGAGUCGAGGUCUUUUAUGAUGGCCAUUGGGGAACUGUCUGUGAUGAUGGCUGGGGCAUGAAUGAUGCUGCUGAAGUGUGCAAACAGUUGGGAUGUGGAGAAGCUGUUGCAGCACUGGAGAAGGCUUAUUUUGGCAAGGGGAGUGAUCAGAUCUGGCUGGAUGAUGUUGCAUGCACUGGAAGUGAGAGCAGCUUUUCACAGUGCUCACAUAGAGGACUAGGAAAACAUAACUGUGACCAUGGUGAAGAUGCUGGUGUUGAAUGUCUAGGUAAUCUGUUAAGAUUGACAAAUGGGUUUGAUUCGUGCUGUGGGAGAGUGGAGAUACUUCAUAAUGGCGAGUGGGGAACAGUUUGUGAUGACAACUGGGACAUGAAUGAUGCUGCUGUGGUUUGCAGACAAUUACAAUGUGGUACAGCAAUCAGUGCACCUUAUAGUGCUGCCUUUGGUCAAGGCAGUGGAAAAAUCUUGUUGGAUGAUGUUGGAUGUUCUGGAAGUGAGAGCAGCCUGACACUGUGCUCACACAGAGGACUAGGUUCAAAUAACUGUAAUCAUGGUGAAGAUGCUGGUGUGGUUUGCUUGGGUAAGGGGGGAUGGAGCAAUAGUUUAAUAAAAUUGUUGGAAUUGAAAUUUCAUUAAGAAGAUGAAAUCCUUACACUUCCAGUUGACAUUAGGUUAUCUUGAUAAACAAUUAAAAAAAAUUAGCAGGUGACCUGCAGAUGCCCACCCUUUCCCUGAUCUCCACACAUUCAACUUUGUCUCCUGGAGAAAAUGUCCAGUUCAGAUGCACAACAUCUAACCCAAGGUGCCAGACAAUGUGAUUUAAACCUGUUCAAAAAUGGAUCAUUUAUAUACUCCCAAAAAAGUACAUCUAGUAUGACUUUCAAUCUGGCUUAUGUAAACAUCUCACAUCAAGGCCAGUACAGCUGUGAUUACUCUUACAAGAAUGGCACUAUCAAGUCACCCAGGAGUAACACUAUUCAAAUCACUGUGGUGAACUUGUAGCCCAACAUUUCCUUCAGUGCUCCUGAUGGAUGGUUUGACUUUGGGCCUCUGGGGCCAGUGGUCACCAGGGGCAACAGUUUCACUGUCAUCUGCUCCACUGAAUCUCGGUAUCCUGGAGGCUUCUUCUACCUGUUCAGUGGACCAAAUAUCACCAGGAGUCAAUCAGCUGUCAAUCACUCUGCCUUCUUCUACUUUCCUGAGGCUGAUUAUUCACAGCAGGGAAACUACAGUUGUGAUUAUGAAGUGAAUGUAUCCUCACAUACCUUUAGUUCAGCAACCUUUAGUUUAAUCCAUGUCUUCUGAAGCUAUACAGUCAGUUUUGAGUGAGAACAGAACAAAAUGUAAAUCCUUAUUCACUAUAAUCUGGACAUCUGCUUUGGUCAGGGCAGUUUGGAAAGUCUCCUUGGUGUGUUCAUGAGAGAAGCCCGAUUACUCUUCCUUGAGUUUGAAGCUUGUGCAGAGCACGUGUACAGCGCUCUGUGUAUGUGUCAAGCUAAAGGAAGUGUAAUGAACGUGGCAAAGAGAUUGCAGAUUUUAAGAUUUAUAGUGAAUAAGGAUUUACAUUUUGGUCUGUUUCUUACCCAAAACCGAUCAUAUCGUUUUUUUAGAAGACAUGGAUUAAACCACUCGAGUUGUAUGGAUUCCCUUACAAAAAAUCUAAACUAGUCACAAACUUGCAGCAAAUUUGCUCGUUAUUUCUACAAGCAAAUUAGCUUUUGAUUCGCCACAAAUUUUUGCCAGAAAUUUGCAGUUCUUUGCCAGUAGUGGUGAACCUCUGGCAAACCUUUGGCAACAAUAGACAAUUUGCCACAAGACUGCCGCAAAGCUAAUUUGCCUGUGGCGAAUUUACGGCAAAUUUGCGCCGAAUUUGCCAUGAACUCUCAAUUUUCGUAUGGGUUAUCUUAAUGCUGCCUUUAUGCCCUAUUUGGAGCCUGGGAAUUUCGGUCCCCAUUGUUUUGCAUUGUAUGGAUAUUAAUAAAUCAUACAUCUUU